AUGGUUUUAUCAACCUUGGAGACAACAAUCUCACUUGUCAGUAUGAUCCUGUUUGUUGUGUUUCAAUUAUCUCACAAGGUUGCUUUUGACUCCACUGAAGAAGCACAAGCUCUUCUAAAAUGGAAAGCCAGCCUUCAAAACCAGAACCGUUCUCCCCUAUCUUUAAGGACUUUUUCUCCUAUAAACACCACUAAUAAUUCUACUCAACCCGAAAACAGAAUAAGCCCUUGUACUUGGUCUGGAAUUUCUUGCAACAUUGCCAGAAGAAUCGAUAGAUUUAGCAUGUCUAUUUCAAGUUUAAAAGGUAGGCUCGAUGAAUUGUCAUUCUCAUCAUUUCCCCAUCUUAGAUAUGUUGAUUUUGGCAUAAAUGAACUCUUUGGUGUUAUCCCGACACAAAUAGGUAAUCUUUCAAAACUGAAGUAUUUUGACUUGUCGAUGAAUCAGUUUUAUGGGGAAAUUCCUGUUGAAAUUACCCUCCUAGGACAGCUAGAAACCCUCCACCCGGGUGAUAAUCAAUUAAAUGGCUCAAUUCCACAAGAAUUAGGCCAACUGAGUUCCCUUAAUGAGCUUACCUUGUCUGGUAACCAUUUGGACGGUUCAAUUCCUGUUUCUUUGAGUAAUUUGAGCAAUUUGGGUAUUUUGUGUCUUUUCAAUUCACUUUCUGGUUCAAUUCCUCCAAAAAUGGGAAACCUCUCCAAUCUCGAUAAACUUGAUGUAGAUACCAAUAGCUUAACUGGUCCAAUCCCGUCAAGUUUUGGAAACCUGAGAAACCUAACUAUACUGUACAUGUUCAAAAACCAACUUUCUGGUUCGAUUCCUCAAGAAUUAGGAAAUAUUGUAUCUCUCUCAGAAUUAAGCCUUUACUCUAACAAUCUUUCUGGUUCAAUUCCAGCAUCACUAGGUGGUCUGAAAAACUUCAUCCUUCUUCAAUUAUACAAUAAUCAACUUUCUGGAUCGAUUCCCGAGGACAUAGGAAAUUUGAAGUCUCUUAUGUAUUUAGAAUUAAGCGAAAAUCAGCUGAGUGGUCAUAUUCCUCCUUCUUUUGGUAAUUUAAGCAAUUUAAAAACUCUUUAUCUCUGUAACAACACUCUUUCCGAUUCGAUUUCUCAAGAAGUUGGAAAUCUCAAGAACUUUGGUUUACUUGAGAACUUCACAGUGAAUGGCAACCAUCUCCGAGGUCCAAUCCCCAAAGGCUUGAGAAAUUGCACAAGCCUAAAGAGACUUUGCCUGGAAAAAAAUGAAUUUGUUGGUGAUAUAUCAGAAGAUUUUGGCAUCUAUCCACACCUCGAGUACUUAGAUCUCAGCCAAAACAGGUUUAAUGGUGAAAUCUUGUCUAACUGCGCAAAGUGUCAAAAAUUAGGCACCUUAAAGAUUGCAGCUAAUAAAAUUACUGGCAGCAUUCCAGCUGAGCUUGGAAACUUAACAAAACUUGGUAGACUUGAUCUUUCUUCAAAUCUUCUAGCUGGAGUGAUUCCAAAAGAACUGGAAAAGUUGAGUCUGUUAGAGGAGCUGAUUUUGAAUGGGAACAAACUUUCUGGUGGUAUACCUCUGGAAAUUGGAUCCCUCUCAGACAUCACUUGUUUUGACUUGUCGGCUAACAAGUUGACCAAAUCAAUACCUGAAAAUUUAGGGAACUUGUUGAAAAUCUAUUCCUUGAAUUUGAGCAGCAACCAGUUUACCCAAGAAAUUCCACCUCAAUUGGGAAAGCUAAGUCAACUUUCAUAG